GGGAUAUUUUGUAAAAUGGCCCAAAGAUAGGGUUGUCAACAUUAGCCCAACAUAAGGGAGCCAAAAAUUAUCAUUUUACGGUUUCGUUUUCUGGUUAAGACUUAAGAAUAAGGCAAAGUACAAAGAAAGUGUGAGAGUAUAUGUCAAAGCCGUCAAUGAUCCAAAGUCAACUAAACAAACGAUUGUGAAGUAAAAACUUUGAAAACAACAACCAACCCAACACACACACAUUAAAUUUAGUAGUGAAGAGCCACCCUAAAUGCCUAAACCCAGAAAGAAAUCUACAUCAUUAUCAUCACUCCAGAAAAGCUCCAUAAUUUUCUUCUGCCAUAUCGGUAUCAUCAUCCAAAACUAACCCAUCUCCACUUUGAGCUUGAAUUGGGGAGGAAAGGGAAAAAAGAGCAGAAAAAAUUGAGUUGAAAAAGUUUUAAAAAAGAAUAGACGAGUUCUGGUAUCUCGUAGAUGGUCUCCAUACCAUGGGUGCUACGGGUUCCAAGCUCGAGAAGGCCCUAGGAGACCAAUUUCCUGAAGGGGAGCGUUAUUUUGGGCUUGAAAACUUUGGUAACACUUGCUAUUGCAACAGCGUUUUGCAGGCUUUGUACUUCUGCGUGCCCUUCCGGGAGCAACUGCUGGAGUAUUAUGCCAAUGGGAAAAACCCAGGGGAUGCUGAAGAAAAUCUUUUGACAUGUUUGGCGGAGUUGUUCUCGCAGAUAAGUUCGCAGAAGAAGAAAACAGGUGUGAUUGCUCCGAAGCGCUUUGUGCAGCGAGUUAGGAAGCAAAAUGAACUCUUUCGUGGUUACAUGCAUCAGGACGCCCAUGAGUUUUUAAACUUCUUACUAAAUGAACUAGUUGACAUACUUGAGAAAGAAUCACAAGCAGCAAAAUGCCCGCCUUCUCAGGAAAGAAUAGCUAAUGGGCCGAGUAAUGCUACGGCAAAUGGUGUGAAGGAGCCCCUAGUUACCUGGGUGCACAAGAAUUUUCAGGGAAUACUUACCAAUGAAACAAGAUGCCUAAGAUGUGAGACAGUCACAGCUAGGGACGAAACAUUCUUUGAUUUGAGCCUUGAUAUUGAACAGAAUAGUUCAAUUACUAGCUGCCUCAAAAACUUCAGCUCCACAGAAACCCUGAAUGCGGAGGAUAAAUUUUUCUGUGACAAGUGUUGCAGUCUGCAAGAAGCCCAGAAGAGGAUGAAGAUCAAAAAGCCACCUCAAAUUCUAGUUAUUCAUUUGAAGCGUUUCAAAUACAUGGAACAGCUUGGUCGGUACAAGAAGCUGUCUUAUCGUGUUGUGUUCCCGCUUGAGCUGAAAUUGAGCAACACUGUGGAAAAUGCUGACUCAGAGUACUCACUAUUUGCUGUGGUUGUGCAUGUUGGUAGUGGACCCAACCAUGGGCAUUAUGUUAGUCUUGUGAAAAGCCACAACCACUGGUUGUUUUUUGAUGAUGAAAAUGUGGAGAUGAUUGAUGAGUCUGCCGUUCAGACUUUCUUCGGAUCUGCUCAGGAAUACUCAAGCAAUACAGAUCAUGGAUAUAUCCUCUUUUAUGAGUGCCUCUCCACUAAUAACAGGAGCUGAUAAAAUAUCUAACAAGGUUACAAUCUGUGUUCAUCCUACAGGAAUUUUUUUUUCUGCUCUCUAAUCCCCUACUCCGGCUCUGUGGCGCAACCGGUUUAGAAGACUAAAUGCUGGUCGAAUAGAUGUUUGAUACAUACUGAACAGCUUAUUUGUCUUGCAAUAAAAACAAGUGUAAAUCUUGCUACAGAGAUUUCAUUGAGGGUUUUUUCUUUAGAAGUUUGUUCAUAAUUAGAUCAUUGAGAUAGACCAUCAGUUACAGCUCAGGAGGUGUUUUGGCGAAUAGCGUAUCGACAGUUUCAAUUAUCUUUUUCAUUGGAUCACAACUGCAUCAGGUUUGUGAAAGAACCCAAAAAUCUUAAGCUUUGUAGCUCAAACUAACACUAGCACAUGGUAUGCUGGAUUCGAUAAAAGUUUGAUACUGUAGGAGUUUUUGAACUCUUUGAUCUCUCGAAUCUCGAUUGUGUGCGUCUUUCUAAAGAGUCUGUCUUUCUGAAAACAAAGUACUGUAACUACAUUUGUCUCUUUGGUAGGGUAGAAGGAAUUUUGUUCAUCUUCCUUUCCAUGUUAUAUUAUCGGUUUUACUAAUUACAAGGAGGAUUGUUAUUAGGUAAUUGAUGACUUGAAAAACGAUGUUACUCUCUGGUCUACGUGAAAAUGCAAACACAACUUUCUAAAUUCCACUCUAAAGAGAUG